GAGAAACUGCAGGAGAGGAGGGGGCACAGAGACACUGUCACCCCGCUCCCUGGCCCAGAGCUGGGUUCCCAGCUUCCCGCGUCAGUCCUCUGAGCGCGUCUCUUUUGGGGUGUCUUUUCUCUGCAUCUCCCCGUCUGUGCUCGUGCCCCUCGUUUCUGUCUCCCUGUCUCUGUCACGCUGUCUCAGGGACUCCCAGACUCCAUCCUCUCGGUCUCCGUCUUCGCGGGACUGGGGCAUCCCGCGUCCCUCGCCUCGGGGUCUCCUUCCCCAGGACGCCGCGGGGCCAUGGCUGCGGGAUCCGAACUUUAAACACUUCUCCCCGGACCGGAGCGGAUGCGCAAGGCGCGGAAAGGCUCGCUCUACCAUGGACUGUAGCUGUGUCUCGGACCUUCUCUUCGCCCCGCCUGCCCUGCCGGCUCUCUGGACCCCUGGGUUUGCUUUCCCAGAUUGGGCCUACAAGCCUGAGUCAUCCCCUGGCUCGAGGCAGAUCCAGCUGUGGCACUUUAUCCUGGAGCUGUUGCAGAAGGAGGAGUACCAGGGUGUCAUCGCCUGGCAGGGAGACUAUGGGGAAUUUGUCAUCAAGGACCCCGAUGAAGUGGCCCGCCUCUGGGGCAUUCGAAAGUGCAAGCCCCACAUGAAUUAUGACAAGCUGAGCCGGGCCUUGCGCUACUACUACAACAAGCGCAUUCUCCACAAGACCAAAGGGAAGAGGUUCACCUACAAGUUCAACUUCAGCAAAGUUGUACUUGUUAAUUACCCACUGCUGGAUGUGGCUGCCGCUGCCACUGGCUCCCCACUCUUGCUGACCCCUGGGCCCUUUGCUGGGGCACCUGGGCCAGAUGCUCCACCCCUGACCCCCGAGACCCUGCAGAACCUGUUCUCUACCCCACGCCUAGGAGAGCCGGGGGGUCGGACACCCCUAUUCACCCCAGAGACGGAUAAACUACGUCUGGACAGCCCCUUCCCAUUCCUGGGUUCUGGUGCCACCGGCUACUCCAAGCCACCCAGCCUGCUGGGUCCUUAUGGCCGCGCCUUCCCUGAGUACCCCUGGAACUUUAACCCAUACCUCACGGGCCCCUUCCCCAAGCUGCCCCCCUCUCUCUACCCACCUCACUUCUAUCCCAGCCCUUUGGGUUCCCUGGGCCACUUUCCAGCUGCGGGAGCAGGGGGAGGGCCCACGGCUGCACCCAUGCUUGCUGCAACAGGGGAGGGCCUGGGCCCCGAGCGUCCCUCAGGGCUGGCAGUGGCCCCUCGCCUGGCAUUGCCGGGGGCUGGAGGUCCAGAGGCCACACUGGCUGGGAAGGAGGACAGUGACUCUGAGCUGGAGAUCACGGACAUCAGCGGCUGCAGCUCUGACAGCGAGGGCGAUGAGGGUCUACCAGUGUCCCCCAAAACCAAGUCAGGCAAAGGGGGGAGCGGCAGCUGAGCAGGUGUAGGGUGGAUUCUGCUGGUGACCAGGGCAGUCACCCAUGAAGCUUCUUCUACUUGGUCUUCCCUUAACACCAGUCCAAGGCCCAGGACCAGCCCUUGGCACCCUCCUGGCCACUUCCAACCCCCGAGCGGAGGCCAUGCCUUCUCCACACAGUGGAGAGGAACAGGCUGGCCUCUAGUCUCCUCCCAGGUUCAGAUUUGAGGGGGUAACUGCCCGGCCCCACUCUCAAAGUGCAAUACGGCGCCCAGCCUCCCCUGACCUCCUAUGUGCUGUGACCUGAGUGUUCGUGUGGCAGUGUCCCCAAUCCAGUGCCAGCCCCCUCUCUUGAAAUCCUCCCACGCAGGUCCCCCUGGGGACAGGGAGCUCAGAGCAAUAACCCCGCCCCAGCCCCACCCAGGAGGAGCCUCCCCCCACUGGCUCCCUUGGAAACCCCACAGCCACUUCCAGAGUUUACUACAAAAUAAAAGAACAGAGUGUG